AUGAGUAGAAACCCUUGGCCAGCAAGAGCAUCAUUUGCCGAAACCGCAGCUUCACAAGCAGAGAAGGACGGGCCGGCUCUCGAUAUGUCGGAAUUCCCCGCUCUCGGAUCAGCUGCAGCCGUGCGAACGGCUCCUCCAGGACUCGAUCUGGAGCCAAAAGUCGCUGGACACCCCGGUGCAGGCUCCUCAGGCCCCCACGGACAGCCCGGCCAGCAGCGGAAACCUAUCCCUGCUGAUCACAAGGAAAGAUAUGGUCUGAACGGACUUUUGGGAGUCAUUCGAAUGGAGAAUAACGACCAGACGACAGUGGCCAUAGGCAACGACCUGACUACUAUGGGACUCAAUAUGAACCCCAGUGCCAUUCCGCUGUCUAAAUCGUUUGGCUCGCCAUGGACAGAAACGUCAGUGCAUAAACCUACCCCGGAAUACAGCCUGCCGUCAUGUUACAAUGUGCCCUCGGCACCACCACAGCAAACUAAGAUCCAGAGCUUCACCGACGAAACACUGUUCUUUAUUUUCUACACUAUGCCCCGGGACUCUAUGCAAGAAGCUGUGGCUGUGGAGCUGACCAACCGAAACUGGCGGUACCACAAGGAGCUCAAGUUAUGGUUGACCAAGGACCCACUGACCGAGCCUGUUCAGCAGACAGCACAAAGCGAGAGGGGCCUGUAUAUUUUCUUUGAUCCCAGCAGUUGGACAAAGAUCAAAAAGGAGUUUGUCUUAUUUUAUCAGGCUAUUGCAUAA